AUGCUUUGCACGUGUACACUUCUCCUUUUGAUACCGCUUUAUUAUGUGUUGAGAUGGGUUUGGGAACUGUUCAAGGUGAAAGAUCUUGAAAAACGAGCUGUACUGAUCACUGGAUGUGACUCGGGCUUCGGCUUCAAGAUCGCUCUCCAAUGUGCCCGUGCUGGGAUCCCGACUUUUGCCGCUUGUCUUACUCAACAGGGAAUCGAGAAAUUGAAGAAAGAAGAGAACUCUUCGAAAUUGCGUCCUUUUCAACUCGAUGUCACCAAGGACGAGUCUGUUCAACAAGCCGUCAAAUUUGUGGACUCAAAUUUGAAGAAUGGAGAGUAUUUGUGGGCUCUUGUGCAAAACGCGGGCGUCUUUACCAUUCAUGGUCCCGAUGAUUUCAUGAACGCUCAGCACUAUCAAUUCUCGUUUGAUGUGAACUGUUUGGGAUGCAUCCGAGUUACACAAGCCUUCAAGAAGCACAUCAAGAAAUGCCAAGGACGAAUCAUUGCAACAUCAUCCGUGUCGGGAAGAGUCGCUUUCCCGGGAACUGGAGCUUAUGCUGUGGGCAAAUAUGGUGUUGAAGCCUACAUUGAUGCUUUGAGACAAGAAUUGUACCCAUGGGGAGUCAAGUGCUCAAUUCUUGAGCCCGGAGCUUUCAAGACUCCAUUGUUGGACCAUCAAAUGCAUAAAAAUCGAGUGAACAAGGCGUGGUCACAAGUUGACGAUGAAACAAAAGCCGAGUACGGAGAGAAGUACAAGGAUUUCAUAAUCGAGAGCUGGAACAAGGCUCUCGACACGAUGGCCUCGUCGAAUCUCGCCUAUGUCACCGAUGCCUAUUUCCACGCGAUCACCGCUCAAUAUCCACGAAAAAGAUACCGCUGUGGAUGGGACUCGAUCUUCUUCUACAUUCCAAUCUCAUUGGUGCCCACCGAACUCCAAGAUUGGAUCUUCCGCGCACUCAUCUCCAAGGAAAACAAAGGAAAUGUUGAGCCGGCUGUUUUUGCGAAGAAGAAAACGAAU